AACCAACGCCUAACCUGUCGGAAGGAAAAAAACGGUGAGUAGAGUAGAAAAAUCCGCUUUGAACGGCAAAAUUCGUGUUCUUUCCUCAAGUGGACUCGCGCAGUAGAACAUUUGGAACAUUUGCGACUCACACCGAGUGGAAAAAUGCAGACUAUAAAGUGUGUAGUUGUCGGGGAUGGUGCGGUAGGAAAGACCUGCUUACUCAUCUCCUACACGACCAACAAGUUCCCCUCAGAAUAUGUGCCUACGGUUUUUGACAACUAUGCAGUGACUGUGAUGAUCGGGGGUGAGCCUUACACACUAGGCCUUUUUGACACAGCAGGUCAGGAGGACUAUGACAGGCUCCGUCCUCUCAGCUACCCACAGACAGACGUGUUCCUUGUCUGCUUCUCUGUCGUGUCCCCAUCAUCAUUUGAAAAUGUCAAGGAGAAGUGGGUUCCUGAGAUUUCCCACCACUGCCCACGCACGCCUUUCUUGCUGGUGGGAACUCAGGUGGACCUGCGGGAGGACAGCAACACCAUUGAGAAGCUGGCCAAGAACAAACAGCGCCCCCUGUACCCCGAGAGCGCCGAGAAGCUGGGCCGGGAACUCAGAGCCGUUAAAUACGUCGAGUGCUCUGCUCUCACACAGCGAGGCCUCAAGAACGUGUUUGACGAGGCCAUCCUGGCCGCCUUGGAGCCCCCCGAGACCAAAACCAAGAGGAAGUGCGUCCUGCUAUAGACGAGCGGCAGUCAGAGACCCAACGGUAUACGAGAAAACAUUGUGGUGGGGAGGGGGGCGGGGGGAAACAUCGAGUUCAGUGGCCAAUUAGGACAAUGGGGAAGGUACAAAGAGACUUAAAAGGGGGUUGUGCUGUGUGUGCCUUCAAAAAUAAAGAGUUGAACGAAGCAAAGGGAGUGAAAGGUCAGUGUGCAGUACAGCAAACGCGAGUAGCCUCAGUCGUCUUCUCAUCGGUGAAACCUUUUCAAUAGUCGCGUUCUCCACAAAUGGGGCAGGAACCCUUCACCUCCCUUAAAAGAGCUUUUUUUUUUUGCGAUGACGUCAUUUGCUUUUGACUCAUAUGGCCUUCUGAAGCUUUUCCCCAAUUUGAUGGAGUGAAAAAGACAAAAAAAUAAUUUGUAGUAAACUUUGGUUAUGAUGUAAAGGGGCAACUCAAAUCAAAAGUGGUACUCUCAAAUCUUUUCUGACUGAUUUGAAUGACGAGCACACGAGAUUUAUUUCGUACACUCCAAAGGCUGUGCUCCGUAAGCGCUUCUUCCUUCCAAACACUCGGUGAUUAGCGGGGAGGCCAUUUUCACUUUUUUUCCCUUAUGCGGGUGACUUAAAGAAUUUAUAUUUUAUUCCUUCUUUUGUGUAUAUUGCAUUGAUUUUAUGUGACUUUAUUUUGGGACCUUUUUAGCAGUCAUUUUUUUUCCAUUUUGAAAAUUGGUUUUAUUUGUGUGUUUGUGACAUCACUAGACUACCAACAGGGUGAUUGUUAAUGCAAAACGACAAAAAUUAAGCUGUAAUCUUUUGCAUCCAUCUCAAUCUUGAACGAUUAAGAUGUUAACCUUUGCUAGUAAAUUGGUGGGAAUUUGUAAUCACACAAUAUUUGUAAUAAAAUGGUUUAACGGA